AUGACAAAAACAGACCCAAUCACAGUUAGAAUUCAACCGAUUGACCGUACAAUUGCGGACGAAAAAAUCCACGCCCUCUUUGAUAAAUACUCUCCCGUCUCAUAUGACAAUCCACGAUAUGAAAAAGACACUCCAUUGAAUUACUGUAUAAUCACAAUGGGAGAUAAGGAAGCAGCUGACACUCUCAUAAAAGAGAAGAAUGGGAGUGAAUGGGAUAAAGUCAAGAUCAAAAUAUCCAUUGAAAGAAAAGACCCAUCGGGAUCCACAGUGAACUUUUCGUUCAGAGGCCUGGACAAGAGCGAAGAUGACGUCAAGAAGUAUUUGAAGGGAUAUAAAGUGAAGAGUGUCGAGAGAGGUGUUGCCAAAAAAGGGACGUUGAUCGGCUACACUGUCAAUGUAGUUCUUAAAGAUAUGGAGACGGCUAAUAAGGUCAAAACAGAGUUCAAAAACAACGAAGAAACAAAGAACUACGGUUUGAAGUUCUUUAAGCAGACGGGGUCUGCAGUAGAGCGUUGUUACAUAUGUGGGACACUCGGACACUCAAAGAAAAAUUGCCCUGAAAAAGAUCCAGCAGUGCCACAAGUUCUAAAACAUAAAAAAACAAAGGCCGUUUCUCAAUCUGAAAAAUCUGUUCCAGAAGACAAGGAACAGAAAAAAAAUAAGAAAGGAGUGAAACGAGAAAAGCAAAACACAAAGGAGUGA